CAGUAACAGUUAAUCCGAAGCGUUAAGGUACAAAUGCAAUCUGAAACACAACGUUUCAGUUGCGACGGAUUUGAACGAAUGAAUGAUCAAUGUCCUCUCAAGAACAAGCACUUGCCUCCCUUAUUUCUCAACUUGCGCUAUCCUUCGACGGCGCCGUUUUAGGUUUAACCGUAGCCUGCAUCGCCGUUCGAUCCAUUCGCAGAUUCUUCACCACCUCCGCCGCUAUACGUAAGAUCAACCGCGCUCCUUCCCUCUCCGUCUCCGACCUACGCUCGAUCCUCGAUGAGAACGACUCAGAUGGCGAUGGAAACUCUGAUUAUGGCAAAGUCGUAAUUGUCCGUGGUACUGUUGACGCUAAGUCCUCCGUCGAUGGCAGUUGGAAAACUUUGUGGCCUGGUGUCUUGGUUUCUCGUGACUCCGGUGAUAAAGGCGUCAUCAUUCAGAGAACUCAAACGUGUAUAUAUAGUGAAUGGAGGGGCAUAUUUGGAUGGACUUCUGAUAUUCGAGCCUUAUUUACAAGAUCUUGGAGACGACGAGAGUCCACAUCAUUAAGAAAGGUCCCUUUUGUUCUCAUUGAUGUGGGACGGCGAUCAAGUGCCGAGUAUGUUGUUGUCAGCAUGGAUGGCUCAAAGCAUCCUUUACCUCUGACAACAGUAUAUCAUAAAAUGCAACCCAUAAAUCCUCCUGUUUAUACUUUCUUGCAAGCACUUUUUGGGCAUGAGUAUCCAGUUGGACUACUGGAUGAAGAGAAAAUUCUUCCCUUGGGAAAGGAUAUCAGUGCUGUAGGCCUCUGCAGUUUAAGAAACGGAAUUGCUGAAAUCAAGUCAUGCAAUGACCUGCCAUAUUUUCUGUCUGACUUGAGUAAAGAGCAGAUGAUUUUAGAACUUUCAUUCAAAAUGAAAAUACUGUUUUGGAGUGGCAUUGUUCUUGGUUCAAUGUCAGUUGGGAUCCUCAGCUAUGCAGUUGUGAAGAACUGGAAUAGAUGGAAGCAAUGGAAGCAACGAAGGCAGCUCCAGCAACAAAGGCAAACAAUCGUUGAGGUUAAUUCUCAGCAAGAUGAUGAGAUUGAAGAUGUUCCAGAUGGACAAUUAUGCGUUAUAUGCCUGAUGAGGAGAAGGCGUUCUGUGUUUAUUCCAUGUGGGCAUCUUGUAUGUUGCCAAGGGUGUGCCGUGUCAGUUGAAAGUGAAGUGGCACCCAAGUGUCCAGUUUGUCGUCAGGAGGUUCACGAUUCAGUUCGAAUUUUCGAAUCUUGAGUAGACAGAGGCUGGUUGUUCUUAUCACUGGCAGGAGGCUUCCAUGCCUGAUGAUGAGAAUUGAUUAUAUUUUAUUUGGAUAGAUCUGUUAUUGUAGGGAAAACCGGCCUUGUCAAGUUUAAGUCAUAGCCGGCUGGCUUCUCACUGUACCAGGGUUUUCAAGAGGAGUUAAGCUCCUCUAAAAUGCAUAGUAUACUUUAGGGAGAAAAGGCUGACAUUAUAUCUCUAUUGUUUGUAGCAAAAUCAAUGGAAUACUUUUUGUAAACUCAUGAUUUGUUAUGAACAAGUAUUUAGUUUUUUUUUGGUAACACAAUGUUUUAAUAGUUCGUUGUCAUUAA